CCUCAGAUUCCUCUAUCACCAUGGUUUUAGCGACGAUCGCACGAUGCCGCGCACGCUAUCACCCAGUUGAAUUGAGCUGAACCGACGGCACUGCGUGUUUCCGCCUUCCCCACAUCUCUCCUCCCCCAAUCCCCGCCGCAAUCUCCAACCGCCCAACGCGCCGCCACAACCUCCUCCCCUCCGUGACGCCGCCCGCCGGUCCGCUGACACCGCGCCACCACCACCCCCUCCCCUCCCCUCUGCGCGGCCUACACAGUUCCGUCCUUCCUCCCAUCGGCAGGGCGCCUUUUCGCUCCUCAACAGCCAUAGCCGGGACAACGCGGCCUCGUGUUCAUCGCUAAAACCCGUCGAACCGUCGCUCAUCUUGACACCCUUCCUCCCGUCGCGUCCUCCACCACCGCCACCUCGCGGGCCAGUGCCCGAGCGUCUCACCUUCAGCGGCGCCCCGAAUCCAGAAGGACUCCCCUUCCUCCUACCGCGUCCUCCACCGCCACAGCCUCGCUGUUCGGCUCCCGAGCGUCCCACCAUCGGCGGCGCCCCGAAUCCAGAAGGACUCCCGUUCGAUCGGCCAGCGGGAGCCGCGCCCAAAGCUCGAUCCCCAGGUCCAAUCGCGCAAGAACGCCUCCGCCACCGACAUACGCGCCGCCGACAUCGCGCAGAAGUGGCAACCGGACCGGUGGGCGAGUGACCCCGCCGAGGCCAACCGACGGUUCCAGCGGAUCCAGGAGGCGUACUCCGUUUCUCAAUUUCAGAUUUCAAUUCAAUAUCUCCUGCAAGUGAAGGAACUACGUCAAUUGCAUAGGCCUUUCUUUGCGGGUUGUCAGAGCAGAGCUAUUCUAGAGCUGCUUCUUUUGUUACAGCUUGAUGUCGUCUUCGAAGAUGGCCGGUGUAUAGGAGACGUGAUGAUGGCUAGCAUGCAAUGGUUCGAAAACACGAGCUAGACAAUAGGUGGGUUGUCCCAUACAACCCUUACCUCCUACGGCUGUUCAACUGCCACAUCAAUGUUGAUGUAUGCUCGAGCAUAAAGUCCGUUAAAUACCUAUUCAAGUACAUAUACAAGGGCCAUGAUCGGGCGUCGGUGUCUGUGAACGAGGCUGACAAGAACGGCAACAUGGAUGAGAUCAAGCAGUAUAGGGACGCGAGAUGGGUGACCCCCCCCCGGAAGCCUUGUGGAGGAUAUACGGCUUUGACCUGAGCAAGAACUCACCACGUGUGAUGCAACUACAACUUCAUCUCCCGAAUAUGCACAUGAUUUCAUUUCAAGAGGGCCAAGAUAUCCAAGAAGUUCUCAAUCGGGAAGAUGCUGAUAAGUCAAUACCGACAGAGUAUUUCAAUGCGAACAAAGUACAUGAGCAUGCUCGGGGUAUCUUGUACCGAGAUUUUCCCGAGUGGUAUACUUGGCAGAAAGGCAAAAAUAAAAAAUUCUGGCAACGAAGGAGACGAGAAGGUGGACAAGUUGGUGGAAUCGUGUCAGCUCAUCCAGCCGAGGGGGAACGCUACUAUUUGCGGGUUCUCCUAAAUCAUGUGACUAGCGCCACCUCCUUUGAUGACCUAAGGAAGGUUUACGGCAAGAUCCUACCUACCUUUUGUGAAGCCACAGAGAGAAGGGGCCUGAUCGAGGCAGACAACACAUUGGACAAGUGUCUUACGGAAGCCGAGUUGUUCCAGAUGCCACCAUCGCUCCGGAGGCUCUUCGCAACAAUACUGGUAUUCUGUGAGCCUAGCGACGUGCGUGGACUCUGGAACAAGCACUUGGAGGCAAUGUCAGAAGACUAUCGCCACAUCAAUCCAUGCACAUUCGCGACCCAACAAAUGGUUUUAAUAGAUAUCAGAAACAUGCUACAGUCAAUGGGUAAAGAUAUACGGUCAUUCCCUCUUCCUGAGAUCGACGAAGCACAUGACACGGCAAACGGUGUGCCCAGGGAGAUCUUUGAGGAGUCCACGAUCGAGCUUGACCAUGAGGACGCAACUAUGUUGGACUCCCUCAACGCCGAGCAAAGGGCCGCCUACGAUGAGAUUCUGUCUGCUGUUGAAAGUGACGAGGGUGGUGUGUUUUUUGUGGAUGGACCAGGAGGGACAGGGAAGACUUUUUUGUACAAGGCGUUGCUUGCAACGAUACGAGGGCAGGGGAAGAUUGUCGUGGCAAUAGCUACGUCCGGUGUUGCAGCUUCCAUAAUGCCUGGUGGAAGAACCGCGCACUCGCGCUUCAAGAUACCACUGAGUGUUGACGAUGGUGCGUUCUGUAGCUUCACUAAACAGAGUGGGACUGCCAAGCUUCUGCGGACGGCUUCACUCAUUAUUUGGGAUGAAGCCUCCAUGACUAAGAGACAAGCGGUGGAGGCGUUGGACAACAGCAUGCGUGACAUAAUGAGCCGACCAGAAUUGCCAUUCGGUGGGAAGACGGUUGUGUUUGGUGGAUAUUUCAGGCAGGUCCUCCCUGUUGUCUGAAAGAGGUCAAGGGCUCAGAUAAUUGAUGUGUCGCUGCGUAGGUCGUACCUAUGGGAUUGCAUGCGUCACCUAAAGCUUGUACGCAACAUGAGGACACAAAGUGACCCGUGGUUUGCGGAAUACCUACUGCGCAUCGGUGGUGGCACCGAGGAGGCCAAUGGUGAUGGCAAUGUACAUCUUCCUAAAGAUAUAUGUGUGCCGUAUACAGGGGAGGACACAGACCUUGAUAAACUGAUAGACAAUAUUUUUCCAAUGCUUGAUGAUAAUAUGUCAGAUCCAAACUACAUCACCUCGCGAGCCAUCUUGUCCACAUGAAACGAUUGUGUGGACCAGGUUAAUAUGAAGAUGAUCGAUCGCUUCCGAGGGGAGGAGGUGGUGUAUCAUAGCUUUGAUCGUGCAGAAGACGAUCCCCAUAACUACUACCCCUGAGUUUCUUAACUCGCUGACACCUAACGGGCUGCCUCCACACGUUCUGAAGCUCAAGAUGAAUUGUCCUAUAAUAUUACUUAGGAAUAUUGACCCCACGAAAGGACUUUGCAAUGGGAUGAGGUUGGUGGUCAGGGGGUUCUAGAGAAAUGCCAUCGAUGCAGAGAUUGUGCUGGGGCAACAUGCUGGAAAGAGGGUUUUUCUACCUCGGAUCCCCCUAUGCCCCUCUGAUGAUGAGAUGUUCCCUUUCCAGUUUAAAAGGAAGCAGUUUCCUGUCAGGCUCAGCUUCACCAUGACAGUCAACAAGGCACAGGGGCAGACCAUCCCCAACGUUGGUAUUUACCUGCCCGAGCCGGUGUUCUCUCACGGUCAGUUAUAUGUUGCGCUAUCUAGGGCCAUCGCCAGGGCGAACAUCAGGAUUCUCGCCGUUCUGGCUGAUAACAAAAAAAAGAAGUGCUCAAAGUAAAGUGGGAUAUACACGAGGAACAUCGUCUACAGAGAGGUCCUUACGGCAUAGGCGAGGUUUAGAAAUUCAUAUAGUGUACAUAGUUAAAUGCCCGUGCGUUGCAACAUGAAUCAAAAAUUUUCACGAGAUAAUACAGAUGACCGAAACAUGUUCUAAAAUAACAUAACUAUGUCCUUGUUAUUUUUGUUUGAAUUAACAUGAGUAAAAUUCCUGCUAUAGUUGAAGCAAGAGGCAGAGUGUUUGUUUCAAGCUAGAAACAAGAUUUGCAGAGGAUAAGUUGGAGGAUCCAAGACUGGCAAGUGAUAGUAGCAAUGACCUAACACAAUCGGUAAAAAACGAAAAAAUUUCUAGCUUGCCCUCUGUUGCAACUUGCAAGUGAAACAACAAGCAGCCCAGGAAAGAAACGAAAGAAAGAAAGAACUGCAAUUUUUUUUUGACAUGCCGAUAUACUUCGAUGAAUAGUAAUUACAGUAGCGUCUUUUCCCUGAUUUGUGUUCUAGCGUCUUUUAUUUCAUACUAAUUUCUUAGUACAAACAACAAGCAGAUGCAAACAGAAAAAAGAAAAAUGAUUCAGAGCAUCCGCUGGAAGCCCAUGUAUUGAUGAUGCAUAGUUGUAGCACUUCUUGAAUUAGUCUACAACUCUAUAUGUAGCACUUUUAGAGGUAGCAUGUCUUGCUGCUCAUCCAAAUAAGCUUGCACUUGUCCAACUUCAUCUACAAAGUCCUCCUGAUGAACUUCAAGAUGAAGAUACACAUUAUGUUCUAGCUGUAGCAAGAUUCAGGUCAAAAGCUGGUUGUCCCCCAUUAACUGAAGCUUCAGAUGAGGAAUUUUGCAAAGAGAGAGAGGUACUGCUUUGACUUCCUUGAUCUGGCUGUAAGUUAGGUUCCUUCCGAAGUGCAUCAUCAUUCAAGUUGACCAGGCCGUCCUCAGCAUCAAUGACUUGAUCUUCCUCUGAACAAGGUCAUCCAUUUCCAUGUUAGCCACAGGUUCAUUGAGAUCAACACCCGGAUUGUAUUUAGAAUAGCAAGAGAGUAUAAUCCUACAUUCCAUUUUCCUUCACACACUUCAAGAAAUAAUUUAUGCUCAAGCAUGUUCGAUUAGAUUUUCACCUAGUCAGUCAUGAACUUUUUUUCUCUGUCCUUUAUAUAUCUAUUCAGAUUCUUCCCUUUAUUGGAUUUGCGCUGGCAAAGUUCUUGUUCUACUCGACAGUAACUAUUAUACUUAAGGUAGAGGCCACUAUCCUCUUGUGGGCAAACUCACGAAUUUCCUGAAAAAUAUUACAAAACAGGGCCAUUUUUGUCUGUUCCAGAUAUGCGGAGCAACCAUGCUAAAUCUCUCACUCCUGACCUCAGACAUGUGGGCCGUUCUAAUCCGUAUCUUUGCUUAGCAUGAGAAGGUUGAUUGGAUUUACUUCGUUGCUUUUGCCGGCACAGCAGCUGGCCUCGUGAUAUACUCAUGCAAAUACUGUCCCUUUUCAGUUGCAGUUAUCUCUGAACAUGCAUAGGUACAUAGCUAUUUACUGUGUUAGCGCCACUACUCACCACUUAAAACUGCUGCAAGCAGGGGUUCCAAGGAGGCUGCUGAAGAGACGGCGCAGGUUACAGGGGCCAUGGAUGCGGAGGCUGCAACAGUGAACCGCACAGCACAAGUUCCCGGUGUCGGAGAUGAUGGGCCAGUCUCCAACAAGAGUUUUCAUCAGCUGCUACUGCCUCAAUGUAGUAGGCAACGGUUAGCUGCAAACUAGGCCAGUAACAGAACAUUUGAACUGUGGUUGACGGUUGCUCAAGCCUAUAAUGUGAAGUGUGAUAAAUUAUUUAAUGUCAGAUGUGAAAGAGGGUUAUAGCUUGCACAAGUGCAUUGCAUAA